CGUAUGAGGGCCGCAGCCAUAAGUCAAGUCAAAUCAUGAUCCAGGCAGCUGGUCUGGGGAAGUAUUAAGAGUAUUCUAUCACAAUAUGGAGAACUGGCACUGUUUGCUGCUGCUGUGCACACUGAGUUUAGAGCUUUCCUCUGGAGGAGUUACAAAAAAUGAUGAUGACAUCGACCUUGUCAGCUUUUUGAGAAAUGUCUACCCCGAGCCGUUCAUCAUCAACCGAGACUUUGAGAUAAACUCCGUCGAGGAGCUGGGAUGCCCGGGGGACCCUGCAAUCAUACAGCAAACCAAGGACAAACCUGUCACUCAGGAUACAGAUGGGGCUGCUGGACCAGUGGUGAUAACCAAAGAUGGCCAGAUCAAGGGGAUUACUGUGGAUAAGGCCCAUGUAUUCUAUGGUGUUCCGUACGCAAGUCCUCCUGUUGGGGCUUACCGCUGGAAGCCCCCCAGACCUGUGAGUCCUUGGCACGGGGUUUAUGAUGCCUCCUUUCCCAGGGCCGCAUGUAUGCAAUUCUGCAGUAAAGCUAUCACUGAGGAGUGCCCUAAGAGUGUCAGUGAGGAUUGUCUCUACCUCAACAUCUUUGUACCACUGGAUGUGGACUUGAGCUCUCCUCUGCAGAGCCACCUGCCUGUCAUGGUUUGGAUCCAUGGUGGAGAUUUCAUUGCUGGUUCUGCCUCCAAGCCUCUGUAUGAUGGACGUUUCAUUAGUAACUUCACCCACAGUGUUGUUGUAAGCCUGGAGUACCGACUGGGUGCAUUUGGGUUCCUUGUGUCGGGAAAAGAUCCUCACACAUCAGCUGCAGGGAAUUAUGGGAUCCUGGACCAACAGGCAGCUCUUCUUUGGGUCCAACAGAACAUUGCUGUGUUUGGAGGGGAUCCCGCCAAGGUCACAGUAUUUGGGGAGAGUGCAGGCGCUCAGUCGGUAAGCCUUCACCUGAUGAUCCAAAGCAGCAAGCCUCUGUUUAACCAGGCCAUCCUGCAGAGCCUGCCCUUCUCCAUCCCUCUGAAGACCAGACAUGAUGCCCUGAAACUGGGAAAAGACUUUGCUAAACAGACGAACUGCUCUGUGAGCGACUUUGUCUGCCUGCUGUCUCUCACUCCGCAGGCCAUCCUGGCCGCCCAGAUGAAAACAAGUUCCAAGAUUUUGAACCCAUUCAGGUUUCUGGAGGUUUUUGAGACGUGGGGUCCGUAUAUCGAUGGGAAGUUAAUCAAAGAGCAGGCUGUCACUGCCUUUCAAAAGGGGCACUGGCAGAAAGAAAAGCCAAUACUGCUGGGUACAACGUCCGAGGAGGGGGUUCUGUUUGCGUAUGGGGUCUUCAACAAGCCAGUCUCCACAGUGGAGUGCACCGUGUACAUCACAGCCAUCUUUAAACAACACACCCUACAGAUCCUACACAAGUACCUGCCCCUGUACAGGGAUGCUGACCACAGAAAUAUGCUGGCUCAGAUUGUUACGGAUUUUGUCUUCUUAUGUCCAUCGAGGAGGUCAGCAUGUGCUGGCACAGCAGCGGGGAGCAAGUUCUGGAUGUAUGUUUUUGACCAUGUGAUCUCGGACCGCAGUGUCUGGUCAGGUCUCACUUUCUGCUAUGAGCAUUCCUGUCAUGGUGCAGAGCUGCCCUUUCUUUUUCAUUCAGCCUCUGUGGCCAACUUCACCCUGUCACCGUCGGAGAAGCUGCUGUCCAAUCGAAUGCUGUGCUACUGGGGUGCCUUCGCUCACACCGGCGACCCUUCCUCCAGGAGCCAACAGACAACUUUCUGCCGGGAGCAGCGUCUGCCUAUUUGGCCGCGCUAUUCUGACACCAGUGGCUUUCUGGUCAUGAACCUCACUGUGCGUUCCCAUACGCAAGCCGGAACCAGAAACCAUAUAUGUGAUUUCUGGGACCAGCUGGGCAUCUACUAGAGAGGGAACAGGCUGGGCAUGCUGUUCUUUUGUUGAAACUAGAGUCAAAAGAAUGGCUCUUUUCCCUGCAUUGUUUUGUUUCUAAAAGUAGGAUGUGUAGAUGUCUGCUCUAGCUUUGCUCUAGAGUUAGUUAGUUAGUUAGUUGAUGGAGUUUUGCUAGUUACUACAGUACUGCCCUUUUGUCUUUUGUUUGUUGCAAGUAAACCAUGUAUUUGUUUGUAUGCGAGAUUUCUUUUCUAAUUGAAUGCAAGUCUGCAUGACUUGAAUUGUUAUCUAGGAGCAAAGCAGCCAGACGGUACUUUUUAGCUAUAUCAGUCACCAGACUGGAUUAUUACAACAAUUCACAAAUUCAUUACCAUAAUGUUUGGUACAAAAAAUCAUUGCUUAGGGGGAAUCCUGCUCAUUCUGUUCUGUUGUUUAUUAGGGAUUUGCAUAUUUGGACUGGAGUGAAAUGUCUUGUCAACUAUGUGGUGUGGUCCAAAAUAUUUUUCUGCCCUGAAAACACAUCACUGAGUUAUUUCUGCUCACAACUUAUUAGGACCUGCAGCCAUGUGUUGUUCUAAGAGAAAAGCCUCCCUUUACAAAAUGUUAUGACUCAUAAGACACUGGCAUCAAACACUUAGCCAGAAGAAAGCUGGUUCUAUCUGGCAAAAGGGGAAAACGAAUGCAUUUGGUAACAGUGGUGAACAUCAGUAGGACGAUUGGUUGAUGGAAGGCUAGUUUGGUUUCUGGGAUCACGUCUGCUAUGCAGGCUAAUGUCAAAGAAAUGCAGAAUAUCUCAAACAACAGGAAAUUGGAUUUAUGUUGACUGAGCAAGUUAGUGGUGAGCUGGUGAACCAUAUCUUGCUGCCUAUCUGUAACCAAAUCCUUCCUGGAAAUACUAUUUACCUUAUAUAACCUGCGACUUUAAGGCAAAGUGAUUGAAGAUUAAUUGAACUAAUAAUGCUGGUAGAGAAAACCACUGACCGGCAUAUGACAGUAUGGUAAAUACUCUGCUUUAAAUGUGGGUCACUGGAACUAACUGCCAGUCACAAAGCAAUGGUAAAGAGGGAAUUGUUGCAUAUGAGCCCUAGAAGGCAGCAUGGUACUACUCAAAUUUGGGCUGCCAGUGAUGUUUUUUGCUUUUUGCACCCCCCUGCAAACCCCAGUAGUCUUGCAGUGGCACCAUUUCUCACACGUCAUUGUUAUGCUCUCCUGGCUAUUGUUUCUAUCUUAGAUUAUUAAGUAAUUAAGAAUUAAACCCAUGUCAGUCUCCACUUUAUAUUGUACCUUAUGAGCCAGGUAAUAACCCUAAAGGCCAUCAGCAACACAUCUGCGUGUUGUGAAAAGUAAAUGGCUUGAUGCUCUCAGCUAAGUCACUGACAUUUUAUUUGACAUGUUAUGUCAAAACAAUUCAGUUAUGAUUCUCAUCAUAUCAGUCUUGCCAGUAAGUGAUAUGGGUCCACAACGAAUGCUAAUCUAAAUUUACAUAAAUAAGGGUACAGCUUGUCAUAUCAUCCAAGAACAGAGGAGGCAGUAAUUUGUGUGAAAUAGUUGUAGUUUAUGAGUUUUACGUUCCAACAGAAGUGGUUUGAAGUCUUUCAAAUCCUUCACUUGAUCUGGGAGCUUAACUGGCAAAUGUCCUGUCAUAAGCCUGCUUCCUUAGCCUUCAGGCAUUCACCACUCCUGUCUCUUUCUAGAGCAACUGAAGUGGCCUCUCUCCCUACUGGCACAAAGGCCACAGUGAAUUGUCCUGUUUCCUUUGGGGCCAGUUUAAUAUAUGCCACAGACACACAUGACCAUUUUUAUUGGCUGUUUACACACGACUGGUAGCGCGCUGACACACUAGGGUGUGUUGAGGCCACCUCAUUAUCUCAGCAGACAUUUACUUUGCUGUCAUCCAGUAUCAAAGCACGGCCCUGUCUGAGAUGGCCGCACAGCUAAUCAAUUGCUGUUCAUCCCAACACUGCGCCAAAGGCUGUGCUCACAGGCUGUCCCCCUCCCCCUAAAAAACCCUGCUGCUCAUUAUUGUGACAGCUGAUAAGAGGGAGAUGGAGUGAGAGCGAGAGGGGACAAACAGACACAAUCCUUUCUGUUGCCUGUAUAAUUUAGAAAAGGUUAUGGAAUCAAUGUCUGGCUGUCUCCAGCUCCAGAUCAAGGUUCUUGGCUUUGCACAGACAUUCCAAUAAGAUCUGAUUAUGGCCACUGCAUUUGCAAUUAAAAAUCAGAUGACAGCCUUCGCUGCCCAGUAUGCUGCUUGGGACAGUUAGAAUACAGCAGCACGCUGUCCACUGGCGUCCUUCUCAAAACAAAUUGGGCUCGUUCAACUUUUAACCUCCUAGGACCUGGCGUCCCAAUAUGUGGACAUCACAUUUUGGGUUGUCUAAACCAAAAUAC